AUGAAAUACAUGGAAUUCUUAGUUUUAUCAGUCUUUAUAAUAAAAAUUCAUUGUGGUAUUAGUUAUCAUGUAAUCUUUAGGUUGGGAACUUUACUAAUCGGAAUUAAUAGAUAGUUCAACAUUUCACUUGUGGACGAACUCAAAUAACAUGCCUUAAUCGAAUUUAUUACAAGUUUGUGAUUUAUAACCAUCACUCAAUGCAAAACUUCUUUAGGGUGACAUUUCCUUAACUCGUACUAUCUAUAUGUCUACAUCCAGAGGAUUUAGUAAAAUACGAAUGAGUUUUGAUAUUUACUAUUUGGGUUUAUGGAAUCCUGUAGAAGCAAUAACUGUUUAUGCAAAUAGUUUAUUGAUACAUAACGAAAUUCCUAAUACAAGUUAUUUGGAAGAUUAUUCGAUCAGAUUUUGCAAAUCAAGACCUUUUGGAAAAUCAAACUCUGAAAAAAUAUCAAGAAUAGAUUAAACAAUAUCAUUUAAUGAUCCUCAAUUAAAUAUUGAAAUUGUCCAUGAACAAGUUUCUAGCGGUUCGACCAGUGAUUAUGGAAUAACAAACUUUAUAUUAUAAGUAUUUUAUUGUGAUGACCUUUGUGAAGAUUGCAAUGAAUACUAAUGUUUAACAUGUAAAUUAGGAUAUGAAUUAAUUAAAUCAUAAUGCAGAUGUAAUGUACUUCAUUAUUCAUUUUUUAAUCCUGAUUUAUAAUGUGUUAAUGAAUGUCCAACAAAUUAUAUCCCAGAUGAGAAUAAUAUUUGUCAAUUAGCAGUUAUAAAUAAUAUCUAUAAUGAUUUAGAACAGAUUAAUUUUAAUAAUUACAAAUUCUAAUACAUUCCUGAUAAAUAUUAUAGUACUUUUUAAUUGAUGACCUAAACAAUUGGAAGCAAAAGUGUUGCUGGUAUGUUUGGCAAUACUGAUAAAAUAGUUUAUAAUGAUAUAUUAUUACCUGCAAAUGGAUAAUAUGAAAUGAAAUUUACUUUAUUUGUAACUGGUAGUAUUUCUAGUUUAAUGCCAGAAGAAAUAUCUAUUAAAUUUAAUUAAUUUGUAGUAGGCAAGUUAGUUGAUCUUCAAUCUGUUUUUUUAUUUUCAUAUUUUCCUUAAGGAAGUAGAGUUUUAUUUAAAGAAGUUUGUAAUUCCCCUGAAUACCCAUUAUGUAAAUAAUAUUCAAUUUAUAUGAAAUUUGAAUUAGUAGAAACUGUAAAUGAAAUAGAAUUCAGCUCUAAAUUUAUAUUAAAUAAACCUUAACGAAAAUGGGGAAUCAGAGAUCUGAUUGUAAAUCAAUAUUCAAUAUCAAAUAAUUAAUGGAAUUGUUUAAACAAUUGUUUGACUUGUAAAUUGAAUUCACUAAAUAUCUGUUUAUCUUGUGGAAGUAGUAAGAAUCUUUUUAAGGGGAAAUGCAUUGAUUAAUGUCCAGAUUAUACAACAGCGAUUAGCAAUGUUUGUGUAGAUUUUUAGAUGGUGGAUGCAAAUUAAGAAUAUUUAGUUAAUUUAUUUCAUGAUUUAAAUCAUUACCAUUAAGAAUCCUAUUCAGAUAAAUAAAGUUUAAAAUUAUAUUCAUUCUUUAUGAAUAAGAUAAUUUUAGGAGGUCUUAAUUUUUGGAGUAAUGAGUAAGUAAUACAUAGAUUUAGAAAUAAAAAACCAUUUUAUAAAAUAAAAUUAGAAUUCAUGUUAGUAUUUAUUGAUUCUAAAAAUAAUUAAAUUCAAUUUAGAACAAGUGUUAAUUCUGAAAAUCCAAUAUACUCUAUGUUUGGUAGUGGAAUAUCAGUAGGUAAUUAAGUAGGUUAAUCUGAUAUUUUUGAAGUAAUAUAGAAUGUUAUUUAUAUAAAAUCUUUUUAAUCUACUGAUGAGUUAAUAGUGCAAUUACAUUGUAUGAGAAAUAUUGACAGUGAAGCAUAUUGUGGAAUAUAUGAUUAUAGAAUUAUUAUAUGGACUUGUUAGGAUUAUUGCUAAUAAUGUGAUGAUAAUGGAAAUUGUCUAAUUCCAAUCGAUACUAUAAAUUAUGAUAUAAAUGGAUGUAAGUCUGGAUAUUAUCUAAAUGAAGAUGGGGAAUGCACUAUUUGUAAUAUUGGAUGUGCUACUUGUGAUGGACAUUCAAAUUGUUUGACUUGUUAAGAUGGUUAUGAAUUGAGAAAUAAAAUAUGUUAUUGUUCAGCUCUUAAGGAUGUAGUUGCAUAUUGUUCAUAAAGUAAAUGCUUCCAUAAUUGCCAGACAUGUUUGAAUGACAAAGAAAAUGUUGGAGUUCUAAUUUCAAAACAUCCUAAUAAUUGUUUAUCUUGUGAUGAAUCCAAAAAUUUAUGGUUGAAUGUUAAUUAAUGUAAUUGUCUAGAUGGAUACUAUAUGGAAGAUUUUAGUUGUUAUCUCUGUUAUCCAACUUGUAGAUAAUGUCAAAGCAGAGCUCGAAAUUGCAAAGCUUGUGUUUCUGGAUAAAAUAGAAUCUUAAGUUCAUCUAAUAUAUGUGAAUGCCAGAUUGGGUAUUUCUAAGGAGAUAAUGACUUAGUUUGUUCUAAAUGUUCAGAUAUGUGUCAACAAUGCAAUUUUACUAAAGAUUAAUGCACUUCAUGUUAUCCCUCUCAUUAUCGACUACCAAAAAAUGAUACUUGUAUUUGUAUGGAUGGAUACUAUGAUAAUGGCUAAUUGAUCUGUCAAAGUAUUAAUUAUUUUUUAAUAAAUUAGAGUGUCCAUCAACAUGUAAAACUUGUUUAGAUGCUAUAACCUGUUCAUCAUGUUAUGAUAGUUAAUUUAGAAUUAUAAGUAUUAACAAUAAAUCUUGUAAAUGUUUACCAGGAUAUUUUGAAAAUUCAUCGGAUGUUUGUGAAUGUAUUCAUUUAUCUAUAAAUUUGUAGAAUGUCACUUUUCAUGUCUAGAAUGUUCCAAGAAUACUAGUUCAUCCUGUACUAGAUGUCCCACGACUAGAGAACCACUUUUUAAUGUUAAUUCAAUUGAAUUUUAAUGUAAAUGUAGAAGAGGAUAUUAUGAAUCAAAUGGUUAAUUAUGUUUAAAUUGUAAUGAUUAUAUUAAUCCUCCAAAAACCCAUAGUUGUUAUUCAAAUUGUGGAGAUGGUAUUAUAUAAUGGAAUGAAGAUUGUGAUGAUGGAAACAAUAAUUAUAGAGAUAAUUGUUAUAAAUGCUUAAAUGGUAAUUCCUUUUGUUUAGAUUAUACAUGUAUAGCUUGCGAUGCUGGUAGAUGUACUAGCUGUAUUGAUGGAUUUUAUUUAAGUUAAGAAUCUAUUUGUGAACCUUGUAAUUCAAGUUGUAAGACAUGCAUAAAUAAACCUGAUAAUUGCACUGAUUGUAUGAUAUACAAAUCUGAUGGAUCUGGUUGUGUAAUGUGUAAUGAAGAUCAAGGAUUUCAAAUAUAAGGAGAUUAAUGUAUAAAUAUUUGUGGAGAUGGAAUAUUAGUAUUGAAUGAACAAUGUGAUGAUGGCAAUUAAAAAUCAAAUGACGGUUGUGAUAAAAUAUGUUAAAUUGAAGAAGGUUACUAAUGUUAAACUUUAUGUGAAAAGAUUAUUUAUCCAUCUAUUUUAUUUGAAUUAAAUCCCUAAGAUAAUAAGUACUACUAAUAAAGGAUUGUAAGAAUAAAAACUGAUCAAAAAGUUUCAAUUUCAGGUAAUAUCAAUUCAAUUAUGAAAUUUAAAAUCAAUAAUUUAAAUUCUUACGAAAUCUCUUUUAUUGAUUUAACAUCAUAUUCUGAAGAAUAUAAUUAUCUAUUUUUAGAAUUGAAUAUUCAAUUACAAUCAGUAGUUUCUAAUCCAUAAUUAAUUUGUUAAAUAAUAAAUCAAGAAGCCAUUUAUAAUGAAUAAGGUAAUACAUUUAAGGAGAAGAAUUAUAUGACUUCAUUAUUAGAAUAUAAGGCUCAAUCUGAUUUAGCAGAGAGUGCAACUAAUGGUUUAAUGAAAUUGAGUAAAUACAUUUUGUACCUUUUAUUUGGAUUUGCAAUUUUAGCAUUUUUGUUUGGAGGCCUAAACAUAUUCUGGAAUUUACUAGACGUUCUACAAUUAGUAUCUUAUUUAUAAUAUUUAAAUGUUGAAUAUCCAUACAAUGUUAAUAAUUACUUUACUCUAUUUGGAUUUGCCUAAUUCGAUUUUAUUAAACAAUAUAUCGAUUUGGAAUAAUUCAUAAGUUAAUAUGUUAAUACACCAGAUGCAGAUCCAAAAUUUGGAAAUGAAGGAUACUCCACAGUAUUUUUUGUAAAUAUUAUAACUGUUGUGACUGUCUUUAUAACAACACUAAUCACUUUUAUUGGAUGUAGAAUGUUGUUUUCAACUUUGACUAAAAUUUCUCAUUCUUUUAUUUAUGCUCCAAUAGAUUCAUAAGAAUAAAGUUUAUGUACAUUCUUUAUUUAUAGAGUCACAAGGAAUUUACAAUAAUCGCUAUUAAAAAUUAAUUAAGAAUUUAUGUCAGGUGUAAUUCGAACAUUUAUGGCAGUAGCUUUUGAUUAUAACCUUGCCCUAUUUCUAUAGCUAAAGGAUGUUUAUUUAAAAGACCCAAUUUUAUUUAGUAGUUUUUUGUUUUGCAUAAUUGCUCUAUUAAUUGAAGUGAUAUUCGUUUAUUCAGCCAUAAUAUUUAUGUCUAAACCUGCUUAUGUAUUCAAAUAGAAAGUGAUAUAGAAUAAUUUUGGAGCAAUCUAUGAAGGUGUUAAGUUGUAAAAGAAUGCAUUUACUUAUUAUUUCAACAUAAUCUUGUUAAUUAAAAAAAUGUUAUUUAUGAUGUUUUUAGUUAUGUUUUAUUCAAUUCCUUGUAUUUAGAUAGGGUUUGUGUCACUUUUAAAUAUGAUGAUGGCUGCCUAUUUGAUAAAAGUAAAACCACUGUAAGAUAAAGAUGAAUUAAUAAAACAAGUAGGUUCAGAGUUGAUUAUUUGGUUAGCAGAAAUGUUUAUAAUGGGUCUUGCUAUGAAUGAACAAACAAAUCAAUUUGAAGAUAAUGGAAAACUAAAUUUAGGAUGGUGUAUUAUAUGUUCUACAUCAUUCCUAAUAUUGUUUUAAAUGUUUAUAGAUAUUAAAUAGCAUAUCAAUUUCUUAAUUCAUGAAUAUUCUAUAAUAAAAAAGUUAAUCGAUAGAAUUCAAUUUCUAAUCAAUAAAUAAGAACCAGAAGAAGAAUAAAAUGUAUUUCUUAAAGGAAGAAGAAGAUUUGGUAUUGAGAAUUUAACCUCUUUGAAUAACAUCAAUACCAUUUAGAAUAAUAAAUCUACCUGUCACUUUAAAUAAGGAAGAGUUGUAACAUUUACUGUCAGCUCAAGCAGUAGCUGAAAAUCCAUCUCAUCUUUUUGCUG